CGCCGUAUAAAUGGUCAGGACACCUUCUAACCACUGUCAGUGAGCUUGUGGACCUAAUCUCGCCAUUCUAACGUACGUGCAUCGUCGUGCCGUGGAAAAUAGUGCGCGAUAGCACGCUGCGGUGACUCUUGACACUUUUGUAACGUUACAUAUGGUUUCUUUCAAUUAAUUGCGACCUUCCUGUGCGGUGCGUUACGAUGAUUCAUCCAGUCUGUACAAUCCACGCGAAGAGUGAUUAUACAAGUUCGGAACGAAAGAGAUGAUCGUCGCCGCAGUCUAUAAGGAAAUAUAAACCGGUUGAUUGAAAUAAUUGAAAUUUAUAGUGCACAAUUAAAAUUAUGAAGUGUGAAAAUUUCGGUAUUGUCAAAUGUUUUGGCAGAGCCGGAUGUUCAAAAGUGGCUGAAAUGUUAUGUUGGAUAUUUCUUCUGUCGAUCAUCUGUUCACAUCGGACUUAUUCAUUGUCUUUUGACAAUACAACGGAUCUUUUUGUUCAAAAAUGCCAGCUGGAAUGUAGCUUACGACGAGAUUUUUCAACUUGUGGAAAAUACAAAGUCGUGAAGUGGUUGAACACAUUAGUGAAAGAAAAGGAAUUUAAUUACGGACCAUUUCAAAUAAUAAGGAUCCCAUCGAUGUACAAGCAACCCUUUUUGCCUCGUUUGCCAUAUUCUCGAGCACUUAAAGGCGGCAUAACGGAAGUCUUGAAUUUUGUUAGAAACAGUGUAGAAGAUUUAUUGACGAAACGUGCCAUUGUGUAUACAGUAGGCAAUUCGGAAAACGCACGUGAUAUUUCUUCGAAUCUGAUGUUUAUGGACGAGGAUGAACUUAAGCGGCUAAAGCAACUAAAGGAGGAGGAAGAAACUCAAGGCAACUGGCGAAUUUUCAAGAAAAAGAAAUCCAUAAUUCUCCCGAUUCUUAUAUUAUUAAAUUUAGUAAAAUUAAAGUUAUUGUUAUUGCCGAUAUUCUUGGGAGUUCAUUUUAUCAAAAAACUUCUUGUACUCGGAUCUUUAGUUUUACCAUCAAUAUUGGCGCAUUUAAAAAUUUGCAAAGUACAACAGCCUCACCAUGCACAUCAUUCACAUCCUUUUCAAAUAUGGUCCACUGCGGCGGAUUCAUCGGCCGAUUAUCCAACAGGAUAUGCGCAGGAUGAUAAUUGGAACAGAAAUGAUUAUCAAGUAGGAUAUCCGAUAAGUUAUCAGAUACUUCGCAAUCCCUACGGGUGAAAAUGUUGCAAAAUUGUCAAUUAAUAGCGUACAGUUAGUUCUUUCGAAUAAUCUUCCAACAGUAAGAUAUGUGAAUCAAUUCCAUCGUGACACGUGAAACUGUUAAUUCGUUGACAAGUAGUGCAAUUGCAGUAAUGAUUAAUCUUUAUGAUUUGUGUAAUCUUGGUAAUCGUGUAAUCUACUAUUAAAUUGCAAUCACGAUGAGCUGCACGCGGUAUACGUGCCGAAUGGAUUCCAAUUAACGUCGUCGCCGAACGCUUAUCUCGACUCCACUCUCCGUCCGCCGCCUAUUCCGGCGAAAAACAUUCGCGAAAUAAACUUUCACAUAAUUUACCGUUAUUUUCCCAUCAUAUUGAUUUAUCCUUCAUUGACUUGUGGACUUCGAGAAAGGGCACAGUGUUGUAAAAUGCAUCCGGCUUUUUUCUUAAAUUCCACGUUAAUGGGAACGCGUAAAUAAAAAUCAAAUGGCUGUCUUUUUUAAGUUAUGAGAAUUAGUAAUAGUUUACAGUUUAUUGUCUUUUAUUGCCUACUUUGUACUAUUUAUUGUUGAGUUUAUGUUAAAGCGAUAGAGAAAAUGUGUUCACAUCCCGCGCUCUACAUCGCACAGCUGAUUGUUAAUUAGCUUUCACUUAUUAUUCAACGAUGAAAAAUAUUGUGGCUGCAAAACUGUGACUUUCCUUGAGAAUCAUGUAUACAAUAGUUUUCUUCUUGAAAGUUUUUCUUUUAUCAAUAGAAAGUAAAUGCAUCAUUAUAAAUUAGAACUGCAAUAUUCUUUAGAAAUCAAUCAUCAAACAUUAUUAAUAAAAUAUUAUUGAAAAAUUAUUACAUAACUGAUAAAAAUGUUUAAUGC